UGGUAUAUAAUUGAGAUGCGCGUGCAUUCCGUCAAGUCCAAGUCAGAUACCGCUGUCUGGCGGAAACAGAGAAAGGCACAAAACCAAGUCCCUCUUCUUACCUACAAACUCACAACCUUUUCCUUCCGCCAUAUAAAAUCUACUAUUAUUUCUCAUUUUCAUUUCAACGUAACGUUGAUGGGUCUUCGCUUUUCGUCUUCCGAGGCGGCGGCGUCGGAAUCGGCAUCGCCAUCGUCCAGUUUGGGCGAAUUGCCCGAGAGCUGCGUCGCCCAGAUCAUGACCUACAUGGAUCCGCCCCAGAUUUGCAAGCUCGCAACCCUCAAUCGCGCUUUUCGCGGCGCUUCCUCCGCCGAUUUCGUCUGGGAGUCGAAGCUGCCGCCCAAUUACGACAUCCUUCUCCGCCGCAUCUUCGCCGAUUUCCCCUCCCAUUUGGGAAAGAGGGGGAUUUACGCCAGGCUUUGCAGGCUCAAUUCUCUCGAUGACGGCACCAAGAAAGUUUGGCUGGAUCGUGGCAUGGGUAAACUGUGUUUGUGCGUUUCGGCCAAGGGACUCUCCAUAACCGGGAUUGAUGAUAGAAGAUACUGGAACCAUAUCCCCACUGACGAAUCUAGAUUCAGCAGUGUUGCAUACCUCCAGCAAAUCUGGUGGUUUCAAGUGGAUGGGGAAGUUGAGUUCCCAUUUCCAGCUGGGAAAUACAGCGUAUUCUUCAGAAUACAUCUGGGGCGAGCCGGCAAGAGGUUUGGACGACGAGUUUGCAACACGGAGCAUGUUCAUGGGUGGGACAAAAAGCCUGUUCGUUUCCAGCUAUGGACUUCAGAUGGACAGUAUGUUGCGUCCCAGUGUUUUCUGAACGGACCAGGUAAAUGGAUCUUUUACCAUGCAGGCGAUUUUGUUGUCGAGGAUGGCAAUGCAUCAACAAAAGUUAAAUUCUCUAUGACUCAGAUUGAUUGCACACAUACUAAAGGUGGUCUCUGUUUAGAUUCUGUGCUCGUAUAUCCAAGUGAAUUCAGAAAGGUUAAAGCAUUUUUAAACUACUCUUAACCUUUGCUAUAAAUACAUAUGAAUGUAUACUAGUAUUUAUAUGUAUAGAGCGUAGGCCGCGUCAGGAGGAAUAGAGAAUCGAGUUUUUAAUAUGGUUCUUUAAGGUUUAGAAUUUUGUAGAAGCAAGAGGUGAUGUUUAUAUGUAUAAAUAUUUGUUUAAUUUGUUUGGAAGACUGGAACAUUCUAUCAUAACCUUAUCUGGUGAAGAAUAUUAUAUACUUGUGGCAGAUGGAACAAUAAAGACCAUUUGAUGACAAUGAAACGUGGAUCAUAGUGGAAGAAAA